AUGCUGUCAAAAGGUCAUUCAGAGUUGACCAAUUUGUCAAGUGCCAGAUCUGAAGUGCCUAAAAAAUCGGAACAAGAUGCUGUUGUCCGAACAGCAGCUACCUUGUCCUUGGGUGAUACCAUCAGGGAUACAGAUGAACACUCCUCUAAGCGGAGUGAUAGUGAUUCACAAGAUGUGACACCAUCAGAUUCUCUGAGCAUUCCGUCUGAUAGAGAUCUGGAAUGUGUUGAUAUUGCUUCUCUAGGAGCUGCUGACAAUGAUACUGGUGCCGCUUCAUUGAAAGUUACCAAGGAUGGUGCAUCUUCUUCCUCCUCAUCAUCUGUGCUAAGUAUCUACCAUCUCAAGUGGAUUCAUUUUAAGUCCAAAAAGGUUCCUGUCAUCACACAAAAUGAAAAUGGUCCUUGCCCUUUGCUUGCCAUCAUGAAUGUGUUGUUGUUGCAAGGGCGGGUAACUCUUGAGUCUGGCUUGGAAUUGAUUACCUCAGAACAACUUAUGGAUCACCUGGAUGAAUGUAUUUUGGAAAAUGUACCAAAGACUGCCUCAGAAGAUGUCCAGCUAAAUUACCAGCAGAACAUGCAAGAUGGCAUGGCUGUGAUCCACAAAUUGCAAACUGGAUUGGAUGUUAAUGUACGAUUCACAGGGGUGCAACAUUUUGAAUACACCACUGAAUGUAUCAUAUUUGAUUUGCUGGGUAUUUCUUUGUAUCAUGGUUGGCUAGUAGACCCUCAGUCUCAUGAUAUUGUGUCUGCCAUUGGGAUGUGCAGCUACAAUCAAUUAGUAGAAAAGAUCAUUGUCCAGAAAACCUCAGAAGACAUUAAAUUAUUUACAGAAGCAACAAUAGCAGAAAAUUUUCUUGAAAAGACAGCUUCACAGUUAACCUAUCAUGGCCUUUGUGAGUUAAGUACCACAGUGAAAGAAGGGGAACUCUGUGUUUUUUUCCGAAAUAACCAUUUCAGCACAUUGUAUCGGCACAAGGUAAAUGAAUUUUUCCUCCUUUUCUUAAUAAUGAUUAAAACCAGAAAAGACAAAAACGUAAUGUUUUCACAUUAUUUUAUUCAUGCUCGAGGCAGGCUUGAACUUCAUUGUGUGACAUUCACUCUUCAUGCAGUCUCACAAGACAUCUGA